AUGAAGAGAACAUUCGAUGCUGAUGGAGAUUCAAAAAGAUACGACAUCUAUGAUGAUGGCGUAUACGAUCCGCAAAAUACACACAAUGAAGCUUUGGGCCGGGAAAUUAAUGACCAACAAAGAAUCGUAGAGAGGGCUUCAAAUUCCAUCGAAUCGGACAACUCCGAUGAGAAGCAACUCGUCAUUCAUCGUUCAGGUUAUGUCUACAGUCCUGCAAUGAUGCUUCACGCUCAUCCUGCUUCCGAUUAUGCUCCUGACGCGAAAGACGAACCGCUUCAUCCUGAAGUUCCAGAACGGAUUAGCAAGAUCCACAGCGUAUUGGACAAAGGAGGAUGUUUGGAGCGAAUGAAAAAGAUUCCAAUCCGUGAGGCAACAAUGAAUGAAGUCAUGAAGGUUCAUGAUCCGGGCAUGUGGGAUGGCCUCGAAAGACUACAUGCUUUCUUGCCAGAAACGCUUAUCAAGAAGACGGUCUUUCUGGAGAAAUUUUACUCCCUUUAUGUCAAUCAGCAUUCUGCCAAAGCAGCUCGUUUAAGCUGUGGUGGUGUGAUUGAAUUGUGCGAUGCUGUGGCAAGUAGAAGGAUCAGAAACGGAUUUGCGAUCGUUCGUCCACCUGGUCAUCAUGCAGAACCGGAUGCUUCAAUGGGUUUCUGCUUCUACAACAAUGUUGCAGUAGCUGUUCGCUUUCUUCAACAGAAAUACGGCAAGGCAAAGGAUAAUACCCGAUGCGAACGCAUUUUGAUACUUGAUUGGGAUGUUCACCACGGCAAUGGCACACAGAAAGCGUUUUACGAUGACCCAAACGUAUUGCUCAUCUCCAUUCAUCGGUACGAUGGUGGAAAAUUCUAUCCAUGUGGUACAGCUGGCGAUUACACCCAAUGUGGUGCAGGUGAAGGAUUGGGCAAGAAUAUCAACAUUCCUUGGUCCGAAGGCAAAAAGAACGAUGGCGAUUACAUCGCAGCAUUUCAGCGGAUUGUCAUGCCGAUUGCGAUCGAAUUUUCACCUGACAUCGUUUUGAUCUCUGCCGGUUUUGAUGCAGCUGAAGGUGACGAAUUGGGAGAGUGUUUCGUAACACCGGCAGGAUAUGGCCACAUGACUGAUAUGCUGUCCAGUCUGGCAGAUGGUCGCUUGAUCGUUGCAUUAGAAGGAGGAUACAAUUUGGAUGCAAUCUCACGUUCAGCUUUGCAUGUCACAGAAGUAUUGUUGGGAGAUCCACCGGAGGUGCUGGAGCCCGAUACGGUGUGUGGAGUCUCGGCACAUCGUGUUUUGAAAAUGGUCGAGCGCCAACAAUCGAAUUACUGGAAAUGCAUGGAGAAGCCAGAUCACGAACCGGAAGAGGGAGAAGAUGAUGGCAUCGAUUCGUAUUCGUUAGCCCGCUUGUUUGCAUCACAUCGCAUUGAGCACAUUGCGAAGCGAUUCAACUUAUUGAGAUGGCCAACGGGGGAAAAAGAACCAUAUGAUGCAGGUCAGGUGUUGAGCACUCCAGCAAUAUUGGAGGCAAAAUCGAUCAUCCUUUUCGCCCAUGACAUGGGCAAUCUUCGCAUGGGGUCUUGGGAGAACAACAUCUUUGAGCCUGACGUGCACCUCAUGAAGAUUGUUGACGAUAGCUCACGAGUGUUGGACUGGGCACAAAAGGCAGGGUAUGAAUUCAUCGAUGUUGGUGUGAUUGGCGAGCAUCCAACGCGAACAAAGCCCAAAGUGAAAGGUGAUUCAGCUGCUCAAGCAUUGGAGAAGGUGCAAAAGGAGCAAGCCAGGAACUUGCUUCUCUUGACUUGGGACAAUAUCAUCACGAUGCUCACGCAGGGGAGAGAAGAUCCGGUCAAAGUCAUCUUGAUGGGAAUGGGAAGUGCUUGUGAUGCGAUUCUUAACCUGAUCGCCGAACGCAAAGUCGAUAAUGUCGUUGGUGUCGUGCAAAUCCCAGGAUACGAUGCAUUGCCAUCCACAUCGGGAAAUUGGGAGCCGAAGCGAAAAUGGUACUAUCGCCAUUCCCAAGUGUUUGUACCGUACGAUCAUACGGCAUUUCAAGGUGCCGAGGAUGGCGUUGUGACCGCCAAACGGUUUGGGAAAUUGAUCCGAUCGGAUCAAAAGUUUGCCGUUCAAGUUCUUUCUCAUGAAUUUGAAAAGAUAACAGACUUCAUCGAAAGUAAGAUGCCUCCAACGCAAACUGGUUCCACUCUUGUCUCAACAAAUGACACGCCAAUGGUUUCUGUAACUUAA